AUGUCAACUGAUUAUUCUGAUAUGCCAUUACCUCCUAAUUGGGAGUUGAAAUUCGAUGCAGCAUCGGGGCAUUGGUUUUAUAUUAAUCAUGAAGAGAAAACAACUAGUUGGGAUGAUCCACGACCUGAAUAUUAUUCAACACAACAAUUAGAUCGUUUAAAUACCUAUAGAAUGGGUUUUGGUGAUCGUCAAGAUUUAAUUGGUGAAUUUUUCGAUAUUCCAGAAAGCUCUCCUAAGUAA